UGCCCAGGCCACAUUGCGUGGAGAGGGAGUUUUCCUCAUUCCCCCUCUGCUCUCUGCCCAGCUGCAUCGGUCUCCUUGUUAUACUCCAGAUCCACCAGCUCAUGGCAGGUAGGUGCCUCUGCUUCCUCAUGGCAUUUACUGCUGUUCCCACACUGAAAUCACUGCCCUGUGACACUUUGCACAGCAGAGAUGUGACCAUGUCACCCCUUUCCACAGCUGCCCCCAUGGGAUCCAGCCCCAGCCCAGGGCAGGCACUACCCUCCCCAGUGAACCCCUGUCUUUGAGCCUGUGUCCAUCCAGCUGCUGGACUUGCUGCCCUCACUUCACCCUCCCUCCCUGAACCAGCCCACUGCCAGGUGCUUCCCCCACUUCCUGCCUUGCAUCCACUCUGUAGAGACCUUGUUCCUUGGCACUUACUGCCACUGGGAUGUGGUCUGUCUCACUGGCCUGGCUCACUCAGUCUCUGAUGAACCUAUUCAGUCUUUUAUUCCACCCCUUCGGAUCAGUCUUUCUCCUCUGAAAUGUAACUGUCAGCCUGUCUGGGAUGGAGAAACCCUCUCCUCCAUGGGCUAAGGUGUGGCCUAAAGCCCCAACCCCGCUCCUCCCCUGCUACAUGCCUGCUUCCAUCCCCUGUGCCUGGGGGCAGUUGGAGGUGCCCACCCCUCUGUGCAUAGGGACUGAGCCAGGUGCCCUCCCCCACAGUGCCCUUUACUCAUUAUGGGGCCGUAUCUGCACCAGAAAACAGGUCCUUUGUUGAGGGGUGGCAGCAGGGCCUGCACUGUGCUCAUGCACUGUGCCCAGGCGGCAGGCCCUGCACAGUGCUACACUGUGCCCAUUUGAGCUAGGGUGCUGAGGAUGCAGGUUUGCCCUUGUCCACGCUUAAACUCUCUUGUCCUGUUGCAGCUGCACUGAUGCUGUUCUUAAUUCUUCCUUUCUCUGGUGUCUUGUGCUGCUCCCAGCCCAGUUCAGCGUGAUUGGACCAGACCAGACGGUCGUUGUUUCUGUGGGAGAAGUUGCUAUCCUCCCUUGCCGCCUCUCCCCCAGCAUGAGUGUUGUGAGCAUGGAGGUGCGGUGGGUCUGGUCCCAGUUCUCUCCCUACGUGCACUUGUACCAUGAUGGACAGGAUCAGUAUUUGCAGCAGCUGCCUGAAUAUCAAGCUAUGGGCUCUGCCCCCAACAUCUCUGCUGAUGGGUACCAGGAUGGAGGGAUACGGGUUGGGUGUUGGUCGGCUGGGUGGUACCCAGAGCCCAAGGCUCAAUGGAGAGAUCACCUUGGGCAGCCGUUACCAGCAACCUCUGAGAAAAUCUCCAGGGAUGCUGACGGGCUGUUUCACACCGAGAUUUCUAUUGUUAUCAUGGAGGAGUCUAACAGGAACGUGAACUGUUCUGUCAGGAACCUGCUCCUCAACCAGGAGAAAACAGCAACAGUCAACAUCUCAGGUAAACAAGGUCAGAAGGGCUAUAUAAGUUGAGGACUGGCCAGAAGGAGGGGGAAGCAACCAUGAGGAAGACUCGGCGAGAGAGAAGAGGUGGACCAUCUGAAACUUGCUCUCUCUCAAAACUCAUGAUCAAUGAGAUGCCUGCCUCCAGAGGAGGAUACUAGUAAGUAAGCUACCUGAGAUCUAACUAGAUAUAUAGCUUGCAGUAACUCAGAUGCGAGAUCAAAGGCUACCUGGACAUGCAAGUUUGCUUUAUGAGAUUUCUCCCAUAUAGCCCAACCCUGUACCCUAUUCCAACCCUACCCCUUGUAACCAAUA